AUGUCAGUCAUCGCUGUGGCCGGUGGUACCGGCGGCGUGGGAAAAACGAUAGUCGAGGUCCUGGCCAAGCAACCCACGUAUCAAGUCAUUGUCUUGACUCGCCAUAGCGUUGGAUCCGACGCUGUGGGCCAUGUAAACCAGGUACAGGUGGAUUACAAUAAUAUCACCGGCCUGGUGCAAAUCCUGGAACAGCACACCGUUCACACCAUCAUUUCCGCCAUUGGACUCUUCGACGACGCAACGAGCCAGUCCCAGCUGAACCUCAUCCAGGCGGCGGAUCAGUCCAAGACGACUAAGCGGUUCAUUCCCAGUGAAUACUCAUUCAUCCAAACCAAAGAGCUUCUUUCCGUCGAUCCCAGCAUCCAACACUGGUUAAACGCGGCAGACUCGCUGAAGAAAAGCUCUUUGCAAUAUACCAGAGUCAUCCCCGGCUUUUUCAUGGACUACUGGGGCAUGCCCCCCGUCCGCACGAAUCUCCAACCCGUCACCUUUGGAAUCGACAUGGUCAGCUGUCAAGCAGCCAUUCCCGGCGACGGAAACGACGUGAUCGGGAUGACAUAUACCUACGACAUGGCCGAGUUCCUAGUCAAGCUGCUGGAGCUCGAGGAAUGGCCCGAGUUUAGUAUUUUUGUCGGCGACGACGUCACGUAUAAUGAGCUUCUCCGGCUCGCCGAGGAAGUGCGAGGCAAAAAGUUCCAGGUCACCUACGACAGCGUGGAAAACGUCAAGCAAGGCCCGGUUACCGUUCCCCCGAUGCCAUCUGGGGUGCCGUAUUCUGCGGACGAGCUGCGUGAGAUGACCGUUUUGGUCAGUCGGUUGACAGUCGCUGGGGUUUUUGACCUGCCUGUCGAACAGCGCAUGAACUCUAGAUUCCCGGAUCUCCGGCCGAUUAAAGUGAAGGAGUUUCUUCUGAAGGCUUGGAAGGACUUUGAGUAG